ACAGGUUGUCUGUGCUUUUUUUGUCGUAUUUUUUCUCUCUUUGCCUGCUUGCCGAGAACGCCAUUUUGCAAAGGCCGCGCGUACACUUUAUGUUUGCGAGUGAAAAACUUGCUACCGCAGUGUGAAAAUUACAGGCACACCAUCCCGAAUUCAAACACUUAACGAUGUGUUUAUCCUAGGGAAAUAAGUGGUGCUUCCAGUGCACAGAAAACGGUCCGUGCUCCACCUCAACCACGGCUAGUCCGGGCCGCCCUUUGAUCGAACGUUUUGCCGGGGCCGACGAAAUAGUUGGCGGACGCAAAGAGGGUGAAAAAAGUGGUGAUUUUUCGGACGAUUCUAGUGCUCUGGUGUUUUCCCAGUGUUACCGCGCCGCAAAAGAUACUCCGACCGUAAAGGCGGAACGUGCUGCAGUUUGAGUUCAGUCAACCGAACUGAAUAAACGGCCUCAGGAUGAUGUUCACUGGUACGAAUCAGCAGCAGGAUUCCCGGUUCUCCGACAAGGAGAAGAAACUGCUGAAGCAAAUGAAGUUCAGUGACAAUCUCAACAAACGGGUCGAUAUGUCCAAAGUGAAGCUGGACGUAUUGCGACCAUGGAUUAGCCAAAAGAUCACCGACAUGCUCAACAUCGAUGACGACGUUAUCGUGGAGUUUGUGUACAACCAGCUCGAAGAGGAAAAGUUUCCCUGCCCGAAGAAGAUGCAAAUCAAUCUGACCGGUUUCCUCAACGGAAAAAAUGCUCGGCUAUUCAUGGAGGAUCUAUGGUCGCUGCUGUUAUCAGCGCAGGACUCAGAAACGGGCAUACCGGCGGAGUUUAUACAGGCGAAAAAGGAGGAAAUUUUAAAGCGCGAAGAGGAAGCUCGGUUUCAGGAGGACGGUGGUCGCGGACACCGUUCGAGAAGUCACACUCGCGAUAAGGACGACGGUGGCGUGAAGACAAAGCCCAACAAAAGCGCUCCUCGGCAAAUGUACAAACCCGAACCGGAGGACUACAUCGAUGAGGAAGAAAAAAUGAUCGAAGAGUUCGUCGAAGCCGAGGUUCCGAAGGAAUCAAAAAAGGCUCAACCGACAUCCGCCCUACCGGUUGCUACCGUGUCUCCAGAGGAAAUGACAAAAAGUGAAAAUAAACUUACGGAUGUGCCGGAGAAAAGUUUAAAGGAUCACUCGUCUACGCGCCGUAAAUCGACGGAACGCGCAAAAUCCAGCGAACGUAACAGCGAUUCGAGAGCACGAAGAAAAUCUCGCGAUCGCUCACGAUCCCGUAAUGAUCGGCGGGCAGCGUCACGCGAUCGUAGAGGAUCCUCCCGCGAAAGACGGUCUUCUAGAGACCGUCGGCGGUCCCGUUCACCUCGGCGUUCUGUAGAUCGAUCGCGCAAACGUUCUAGUCGAUCGCCAAGGGAUAAACGGACGAACGAUCGCGAUAGACGGCGUUCGCGAAGUAGCUCUCUUGCGAGAAAAGAAAACAAGAACAGUAAUGGAAACUCUGCCGCAUUAUCUAAGGUGCAAUCUAAGCUGAUGAACAUGGCGGAAGGAAAAAAAUCAGCGACAAACAAAAAAAGUCCUAGCCACUCGUCAGCAGAUUCGAGAUCUCGCAGCAGGUCUGGAUCUGCCACUAAAGAGGGUAACCGCAAGAAGAGUGCUAGUCGUUCUCGAUCCCCAUCUAAAUCAAGAUCGAGAAAAGCGAAAAAGGGUAACCCUAGCUCCCGAUCUCACAGCUCGAAUUCAAAUUCAUCCGGUUCAUCGUCGUCCAGCGAUAGCGAGGACGAUAAGAAACCAAAAGCCACCGUAGGCUCUUCAAACACGACUGGUAAAAAGCGUAACGGACGGAACAGUCGCAGUCGUAGUCGAAGCCACAGCCACAAUCGCCGUGAUACAUCGAGAAGCCGAUCUGGUAGCAGCCGGUCAUCGUCAUCGCGUGGCCGAAAGAAGGAUGAUUUCGAGAUCCAGAAGAAGGAAAAUAGUGUCCAAAAGAAGCGUCACUACCGUUCGAACAAGGAUUCAACCGACUCGGAAGCCGAUGGUGGUCGUAACUCGACAGCCAAAGGUUCCGCUGCCUCGCGUCGCCGUCCGGGUGAUGGUAAUGGAGGCGGAAGAUUUGGUGGCCGAGACAAUAGGAAUCGCGAACGACGAUCGCUGUCGCGCGGUCGCGCUCGUGAUGAUGGACCAGGCCGUGGGCGUGGUGGUCGUUCAAGCUCUCGCUCAAGAAAUCGAUCCCGUUCGCGGUCGCGCAAUCGAUCUCGAUCGCCAAGGAGACGAUCUCGAUCGCCUGGUCGCCCGGGUGGACGUGGAAAUGUGCGCGACAGUAAUUAUGGUCGCCGUCGUUCUCCACCCACAUCACGUCCAGGUGGUCCCGGCAGGGGGGCAGACCGAGACGUUCGCGAAAGAGAGAGAGACCGUGAACGAGAGCGGGAACGUGACCGCGAGCGCAAUCAGCAGCAACGCUACACAGGCGGUAAUGGACCGGGUCGUCGCGGUUCUUCCCGAGAGCGCGAUCGUGAACGAGGGCCGGGCGAUGGUGGCGCAAGAGGACGUGACACAUCCUCGUCUGCUCACACCGGUGCCAACAACACUUCUCACAAAUGGCGUCGUUCCGAUGAACCGCAGAGAGGUGAACCUCAACGACAUCGGCAGGAGAUGGGUCCACCGGCAUCGAACCGGUAUGAUGAUCGUGAGCGAAACCACCGCGAAGCGGGUGGCAAUCGCUCUACAGUUGGUCGGCGCAGCAACAGCACGGAACCGCAAGAUCGGUUCAAAGGUAACCAGGGAGGUCCGGCUCGAGGUGACAAUAGGAAUGCUUCUCAGAGUCCUGCUGAAUCCAGCGGUAGUCGACGCUCGGCGACGAGAACAUCCAACGCGAGAGAUUCUACUGAACUGUUUGACGAUGCUGGUAAUGGUAGGGGUAGUGGUGGAGGUGUGUCAUUGGAGCGUCACCAUAAUUCUGCCGAGCGUAUACGAUCGGAUAAAGCAUCGCUCAGAGAAGAUAGCACCGAAAAGGAAGAAAAACUACGUGCGAUAAAUUCAUCGGGCUCUAGUGGUACUCGCAAGCAGCAAACAGAUCCUCCAGUCGUUGCAGCAGCCACAGCGACUACGCGAAGAUCAAAUGAUCAACAAACACCGACGGUUCGCGAAGCAACCAAACAGCACGACGAGAGUAGAAAGCCCGCAAAGUCUUCAUCUUCACAGACCAACAGCUCGCGGUCCGAAAGGGGAUACAGGAGCACUCUGUCGAGAACUCCAUCUCCCUUCCUGAAACCGCAUGAACGCGAAGCAGCCGCUAGCUUGCACGUUAACACAUGCAACACUUUUGGCACGAGUGGCUCUUCAGCUAUUUCUGCGGAUCAGAGAAAGCAACAGCAUCAACAGCAGCAGCAGCAACAACAACCGCAGCAAAAGUUAAUUAAGAGCAGCAGGCAAAAGAAGCGUGCGAGCUCGGAAAGCGACGACGACGAUAGUUCUGGCAGCGAGAGUGAUGAAUCACAAGAAGGAAAGCAGCAGAAAAAGCCAGCAUCUAGCAGGCGUAACGUCGAAGGUAACAUGGAAGAGGAGAAGGACGAAAAUGACAAAAAAGCCACGGUUGGUCACAAAAAACGGAAAUUAAAACGAAAGCAAGAGUCGAAAAAGCGCAGCAAACAACAACACCAUCGUCGCUCUUCGUCAUCUUCGUCGUCGAGCAGUGGGGAUGAUGAGGACGACGAUCAAGACAUCGACGAGGAGGAUCAGUCAUCCGGUGAAGAAAAUAAACGUAAAUCUCGUGCAAAGGAUCGUCGAGAACCAAAGAAAGCGUCUGGUUCGGGUAAAGGGGCGGUGAACAUGGUGCCAUCUGUGGAGCAUGAGCACCGCCGUAAACAGCAGCCUGUCCAUGCAAUGCAGCUUAAGGAAGGGGACAACCGUAAGAUGCAUCGGGACAGUACGUCUUCGGUCGAACAGCAGCAAAGUGGUGGAGGUGGCAAGAAACGAAAGCAUUCCACUUCCGAGAGCAAUUCUAGGGUACCUAUGCAUCCUGAAGAAUCGACCGCUACGAAGAUGCCCGUCUCGAAAGCUGCGAUCAGCUGCACAAACAACAACAAUGUGUCCUCGUCAUCCUCCUCCGCCAAGGGCAAAUCCGUCACCAAAGUGGCAACGGUGGUCGAACCCAUCAACCGUUCGUCCUCUUCGAGCGAUGACUCAGAUGAUCGUGUAUCGGAGCGGCAACGGAAGAAACGGCGCAAGGAGAAAAAGCGUCAGCGGAAUGUGUCACCCGACGAUGCUAGUGCUUCGUCCGGUAGCAAGCGCAGUAAGAAGCACAAGAAGCAUCGUAAACACGCGAAAAAACAUAAGAAACACAAGAAGCAUAAGAAGAGCAGCAAAGCAAGCGGCAAGUAUCAUCGCAAUAGCUCUUCGUCCUCCUCGGACGAGGAGGAUGUUGGUGCACCGGUGCGUUCCAAAAAGAGUAUCCUAGCGAUCGGUGCCGGUGGCGUCGGCACGGUGAUCAACGAUGAUCUGGAAAAGCAAUUGCGCGAACGGGCCCUUAAGUCGAUGAAAAAGCAGCAAAGCAUUUCCGACUGAAGACAACGGUUGCAAGGAAAUGGAUCAUGCAUGGAUCAAUGGAUUGUAUAGAUAGGCUAUAGUGGUCGAUCGCAGAAAGCAGAUUGCGAAUGAUUCGAACACACAGAUUUCAAACAUCGGCUAAGGGUUGUCGAUCAUCUUUGUCGAUCGAAUUCGGAUCAAUGCAAACACGUAAUUGCAAGUGCUUUUCUCUAUUUCCACACCAUUUUAUCGACGAUACAGCGACAUAAUAGAGCAAAGAUAGUUAGUGGGUCUUGAGGGUACGGUUUUUCUAAUCGUAUCGAUUUACUCUUGCAAACAUUACUACUUAGAUUAUUAUGGGGAGGGGGAAUCUUUCGGGGUGGAUAUGUUUGUGUGUGGAAAAGCACUUUUCACGUAUGACAAAAACACCUAAUAUGAGGGUUCACUUUAUGAUUAGAGCAAAGCAGAGAUAGCGAACAAGAGAGAGCGGUAGGAUUUGGGAUGAAAUAGACAAGAGAUUAGGUGUCGGGGUUGAUCAUGCUAGAUUGUGCAACGAUUUUAAAGCAAACGUUUUGUACUUUUGCUUUAAGUAGUUACACUAAUCUAGACAGGGAGAGAAUCUUGCUAGCAAAGUUUUAAAACAUGUGUUACAUUUAUAAUUAAACAAAGUCAGUUUUAACACUGGUGACGAAAGGUUUUUCAGGAUUCACCCACUUGAUGUUGCCAUGACGACGACGAUGACAACGACGAUGGUGUGUAUAGUAAGCUUUCUCUUCGUUCGUUCGUCACCACAUCUAUGGCGUACGCCGUCAUGAAAAUUCUGGCCACCCCUCUCUCUGUCCGUGUCUCUCGCUAUGGAGAUGUAUUGUUCUCUUGCAAUUUUAACCAACCAGUAUUCCAAUCGGGAAACUGUUGGGCGUAUGUAAUGAUGAGGCAAACAUAUAACUAUGAAACAAGCAGAGUAAGAUUUAAGUAACCAAAUUAGACUAGUACGUGCGCAUACCCGUUAAGAAAAAGUAAUAAAUUAAUGCAAUUCUUUUAUCCCUCCAUGUUUCUCCUUUUCCUCGCUUUUCUUGCGGCGAAUAAGGCGUAGCGGAAUAGCAUCAUCAACAACUGACACGCCACGAAUGUGACAUCCGGCAUGGAAAGAUGUCAAAGCAUACACUAGUAACCCGGUAAAAUGGAUUCUGUGAGCAGAAGCUAAAGAAGGGGGAAAACAGUUUAAACUAGAUUGAAGUAAAUUAUGCUAACGACUUUCGAAAUGUUUAACAAUCCUAACGGAUUGGAGAACCGUUGCUGCAAGAAGGGGAAAAAUCAACCAACUCUUAAAUCUUAUUCGAAGCGUGUGAAAAAACAAAACAUUAUUAUUGGAAAGUUGUAGAAACACAGAAUUCAUCAAAGCGAAACACAAAUAAAGAAUAAUCAUAGAAAAUA